CAUGUCGUAGAUGAAUCUUUGCAGCCCAAUGAGCUAGAUGUAGACUGCAAACCUGGCAGUUAUGUUAACAACAAAACUAUUUGUGUUCUGUGCCCCGCUGGAUCCUACAGUAACAAGACAAAUGCAACAAGCUGCAAUCUCUGCAUCCCUGGUUCUUAUAAUGAUAAGGAAGGACAAACUCUUUGUGAAGUGUGUUCGGCCGGCUCAUUUUCUGACAAUAAUGGCACGACAUCAUGUUCACUCUGUGAAGCUGGCUCUUUCUCAAACUAUAACUCUACAAUGUGUGAUCUGUGUGAGCCUGGAUCCUAUUCUCCAAUUAACUCCUCAGCCUGUACCCUUUGCUCCCCAGGUAGCUCAACAGCAGGUUUAAGAGCAGCCACAGAGUGUACAGUGUGCAGUCCUGGCUUCUAUGCUCCUGGGAACGGAACAGCAGAUUGCCCUGCUUGCGAACCCGGCUCCUUCGCAGCUGAUUCUAACUCUACAAUCUGUAAUCUCUGUGAACCAGGAUCUUUUGCUAAAGAUGCAUCAGCUGAAACCUGUGAUUUGUGCAAACCUGGACAAUAUUCCAACAUUCAUGGAGCUGAGAGUUGCACUGAUUGUGCUGCUGGCUCUUUUUCUGACAAGAAUGGAACAACAUCAUGUUCACUCUGUGACGCAGGCUCUUACUCAGACUCUAACUCUGAAAUGUGUAACCUGUGUGAGCCUGGUUCCUAUGCUUCAAGUAAUGGGUCCUCAGCCUGCACCCUCUGCUCCCCAGGUAGCUCAACAGCUGGUUUAAGAGCAGCCACUGAAUGCACUGUGUGCAGUCCUGGCUUCUAUGCUCCUGGGAACGGAACAGCAGAUUGCCCUGCUUGCGAACCCGGCUCCUUCGCAGCUGAUUCUAACUCUACAAUCUGUAAUCUCUGUGAACCAGGAUCUUUUGCUAAAGAUGCAUCAGCUGAAACCUGUGAUUUGUGCAGUCCUGGACAAUAUUCAAACAUUCAUGGAGCUGAGGGUUGCAUUGAUUGUGCUGCUGGCUCUUUUUCUGACAACAACGGAACGACAUCAUGUAUACUUUGUGACGCGGGCUCAUUUUCAGAACCUAAAUCUAAAAUGUGUAACCUGUGUGAGCCUGGUUCCUAUUCUCCAGUUAACGGAUCUGCAGCCUGCACCCUCUGCUCCCCAGGUAGCUCGACUUUAGAUUUCAGAGCAGCCACAGAGUGUACAGUGUGCAGUCCGGGCUUCUUUGCUCCUGGGAACGGAACAGCAAAUUGUAGUCCCUGUCCUCGUGGCUCCUCCUCCGCUGAAUCCAACUCUACCUCUUGCACUGUGUGCCAGGCUGGAACCUUUGCUGAACACCACGCUUGCGAGACUUGCUCCCCCUGCUCGGCAGGGUCAUAUUCUGAGGCCAAUGCCACAAUUUGUAAUCUUUGUGAGCCUGGAACUUUUGCUGAGAAAGAGGGCUCUGCUGUUUGUUCUCCGUGUAGUCCUGGACAGUAUUCCAGCAUCAGAGCAGCUACAAGCUGUACUGAUUGUGCCCCUGGCUCAUUUUCUGACAAGAAUGGCACAACAGAAUGUACUGGUUGCGCCGCUGGCUCGUUUUCAGACAAGAAUGGCACAACAGAGUGCAGUGAAUGUUCUGCAGGGUCUUUUUCAGAAAUAAAUGCUACAAUGUGCGACUUGUGCGGUCCUGGUACCUACACAGACAAGAAGGGAGCUGGGUUCUGCGGAGCAUGUCCUGCUGGUACCAGUACCGGAGGGUUGGUGCGAGGAGCUACUGAUUGUGAGCAGUGUGUGGCGGGUACUUCCAGUCAGUCAGGAAGUGUGAUCUGCUCGGACUGCACGCCAGGGUCCUUCAGUGACACUGCCGGGGCUGCUGACUGUAAACUAUGUGAUGAAGGAUCUGCUAGUGAAGAGAUGAAGGCUACAAGCUGCACUAAGUGUGUUCCUGGCAGUUUUAGCAACUCAACAGGACAAACCAAGUGUGUUCUGUGUGAAGCAGGAGCCUCUACAAACGGAAAGGGUGGUUCAGAGUCCUGCUCUUCCUGCUCUCUUGGUUACAACGCUACUAGCCCCGGGACUGGGAACUGUACUGCUUGCCCUGCCGGCUACUUUGCUGAUAAGACCGGGAGUAAAGACUGUAGCCCCUGCUCAGCUGGCACCUUCACGGACACCAACGCUACAAUCUCCUGUUCUAACUGCAGUGCAGGGAGCUAUUCAGACCAGGGUGCUGCCAUCUGCAACCUGUGUGGACCUGGCAGUGUCUCCUCCAACCCUGGUGCAGGUUCCUGUGAAAUGUGUCCGGCUGGGACCAGUACUGACGGUAUUGUCAGAGGGGCUAAAACCUGCACGGAUUGUGUAGCAGGAACUAUAACCAGCUCACCGGGAGGUUUGAUCUGUGAGCCCUGCUUUCCUGGUACGUCUACUAACAACGCUACUGCAGCUGCACAGUGCACCCCUUGCUCCCCUGGCUACUCAGCAGCUUCAGAGGGAGCUGUUGAGUGUGAUAUCUGUCAACAGGGAUCUUUUGCUGACGGAAAGGGACAAACUAGCUGUACCUCUUGCCCCAGCAAUAAAACUCACACCACCUACAGAACAGGAUCUACCUCCCCUACAGAUUGUAUCGGACCUAUACUUCUUGGCAUGAACAGCUCUGAGAUGGCAGUGGCAGAGUUCUACGAGGGGGGCUCCAUCGACAACAUACUAGGGGAGAUAUCCUACCUAGUGGCUGUGUCUGGGGACUGGGUAGUGGAUGUAGGUGGCACUGGAGAGGAGAUAGUGGUGGUUAACGGAGGACACUUGGAGUUGAGGAAGGCAGUGUACCUUAUUUCCCCCGUAAUGACAGGCUUGUUCUGCUACAUUGACGAGGAGGAACACGGUCAGUACUUCAGAGGGUACCAGAAGGUGGAUAGAGAGGGCAGGAAGUGUCUGACUCCCUGCAGGAAUGAGGAGAAGGCGAGUGAGGGUCCUACCUGUCUUGUUAAUGUUAACGGCACACAACAACCAUCAGUGUGCGGGGUACCUAAGUGUGUGUGGAACGUGGCGUGUUAUGCACAAGAUGGCGUUGGUUACCGUGGAAACCAAACCACCGGAACUCAAAGUGGAGAAAGCUACACGUGUCAGAACUGGUCACGUGAUUUCCCACAUCCCCACAUGUAUCACCCAUCUCCUAGCAACACGGCAGUGUACGGUAUUGGUCAGCACAACAAGUGUCGGAACCCGGACCCCAGGAACUCAGGACAGCCUUGGUGCUACACCACCAGCAUCCUGGUACGAUACGUUUACUGUUCAGAGAUACUUCAUUGUGAGGAUACCGACCUUCCUGUCUUCCACUUUUAGGACUUCCAGCACGGGGCCGCGGGUGCUUUUAUCUUUUCAACCUUUAUACAGUUUAUACAGACUUGUUAUUGAG